AUGGCUUUUAACCUUAAGCUCUCUCUUUUCAUUGCUUUCUUGGCAUGCAGCAGCUUGGACUGCUACAAGGCCAGGGCACGACCAUCGGCCUCAGUCUCAAACCUCAUGGCUCGCUUAAAACUAGACGGAGACUCACAGAAUAAUUGCUGGGACUCUUUGGUGCAACUACAAGCAUGUUCAGGGGAGAUUAUUCUUUUCUUCCUGAACGGCGAGACUCAGCUUGGUCGUAGCUGUUGCCAGGCCUUGAGGACCAUCGGUGAACAUUGCUGGCCUAACAUGAUUGACACACUCGGGUUUACAGCUGAAGAGGGACAAAUUCUUGAGGGAUACUGCGACAAAGCUGCCGAUCCCACCACUCCGUCGCCACCAGCACCAUCUGUAAUGCCUGCUAAGGUCGUUCCAAAGCAAACUUAA